AUGACGACACUGUUAGACGCUCUUCGACAGACCACUCAGGUCGAUUGCGAUACCCUUGAUGCUAAUGUCGCUCAUCAACUGGGUCCUUUCGUGGACUGUACUUCCAAUCAAGCAAUUGCAUUCUCCGAGAUCUCCCGGCCGCUUGCAGGAGAGCCUCUUUUGCAUCACGACAGUUUAGUCAAAGACGCCAUCGAGAAGGCCCGAGGGUCUUUGAAAGAGUUUCAAGGACCCGCGGCAUUUGAGGAGUUUGUUGUUCAGAUCUUGAUGGUCAAAUUGCAACUGCUAAUCGUCCCAAACGUGACGGGCUACGUGCACAUUCAGACCAACCCAAAGCUGUCUUAUUCAAUUGACGGCACAAUAAGUGAUGCUCACAGGAUCGUCGAUAUCUUCAAGGUACUGGCACCCAAGUUUGAUACGAAGAGGGUGUGCAUCAAGAUCCCUGCCACUUGGGAAGGCCUUCAAGCUUGUCGUGCGCUGGAAAAGAAAGGCAUUGCUACACUUGCAACCACAAUGUUUUGCAUGGAACAAGCGACUUUGGCCGCCGAUGCACAGUGCACCUAUAUUGCGCCCUAUGUCAAUGAGCUCAAGGUUCAUUUCGAAGCAGGAUACGUUGACAAACACAAAGCCUUUGACUUUUGUCGUGAAGCGCAGGCCUACUACGUCAAACACUCGUUCCGCACGCAAGUCCUAGCUGCGUCGCUCACGUCAGUCGAUGAAGUUAUGCAGCUUGCAGGUAUCCAACACAUUACAAUCUCCCCAAAUCUGCUUAACGGACUUGCUUCUUCCAGCAUGUCUGGAUGGGACGGAAAGCUUGGAGAUUACUUUGCGCAAGGCCCCGACAAUAAGAGCUGGGAGACAAAAGACUACAAUGCACUGGUCAAAAAUGAAAGCAAAUGGAGAAUGGCUUUCACCAGAAGCGGGUUUGGCACAAGCGAAGGUAAGAUCAUCCAGGCUAUCAAUUACUUUGCCGAUUGCCAGGAGAAACUGGAAGAUCUGGUGCGACAGAAUAUGGAAUGA